AAGAAGGCCAUAGUGUGACGUAAACGACGAUCUAAACAAGUAUCAGCUGUGUAGCAGUCAUUGUUCGUAUCAUCCGUAUUGGCAGGCGUACAAAAAUCCUGCCUUUUUUUCUCUAUCGUAAAUUUUUGUUGCUUUAUUCGAGGAACGUAAACGUUUCGUAGGGACAAAGAUUGAAAGUUAACUGCAGCGUGUUGAUUUCCAUUAGGCAGAGUAGGAGGAAAUAAAUAUAUAAGGGGAGAGGCGAGAAGAAGAAGAAGAAGAAGAAGAACUUUCCCGUGCAACGUAAUCGUGGCUGCGUGCGUGCUUCAGCCCCAGCCACAGCCCCACCAACGAACUCGAGAGGGACAAUAAUCGUGUGAAAAACGGGGCGGUACGCGCAUAAGCCUGGCCUCGAGCGGCGAGUCGGACGACGGUGGACUCGCUCCGCCACCGCGCAAAAGGUCCCGUAGUUCUUUGACGACUACUCUACGACCAGCGGACGAGCACCACUCCAAUCCAGAGAUGGAAAACUAUCGCGUAAUGCAGCAGCAGGCCUCAAACGGUGGAGUUUCUUCUGGACUGCAACAGAAUGGAGCUACGGCUGACACUGGGGGACCACAAGCUAAUGGCAAUGUGAUACCGGAGUCCGAUAAUGACAUCAAUGGUGUGAAUGGGGAAACUAAUCCAAGUUUAGGACCUCCUAAAAUAAUGGACAAAACUAAUCAGGACAUUGUGAGACUCAUCGGCCAACAUUUGAAAACUGUUGGGCUAGACCGUACAGCAGACCUGCUUAUGCAAGAAUCAGGUUGUCGAUUGGACCAUCCUGCAGCUGCAAAGUUUAGACAGCAUGUUAUGGAUGGAGACUGGAACAAAGCAGAUCACGAUCUUAACGAAUUAAAAUCCUUUUUAAAUGGUGCAAGUCAGAGCUUGGUGGAAAUGAAAUUCCUACUCUUAGAGCAAAAAUAUCUGGAGUUUUUAGAAGAAGGUUUAGUUUUAGAAGCUUUACAAGUUUUACGCAAUGAAUUGACACCUCUAGGGCACAAUACCGGCCGCGUUCAUCAAUUGUCAGCAUUUAUGAUGUGUAGCGGACGUGAUGAAUUACAGACACGUGCAGGCUGGGAUGGUAAGGGUUCAGCUUCCAGAGCAGCGCUUAUGGAUAGAUUACAGAGGUAUCUUCCACCUUCUAUCAUGUUGCCACCACGUCGACUUCACUCGUUGCUUUGUCAAGCAGUGGAAAUGCAAAAUCAGCAAUGCACAUACCAUGUAACUCAUAUGCAGACAAGCUUGGAAAACGUGUCGCUGCUAGUGGACCACAGUUGUAGCAAAGAACAAUUUCCGUGCCAUACCGUACAAUUGCUGAAUGAUCAUUGUGACGAAGUUUGGUAUUGCAAAUUCUCUCCUGAUGGUCUUAAAUUAGCCACAGGUUCUAAAGAUAUGACUGUAAUUAUAUGGGAUGUUGAUCCGGAAACCUUGAGAGUAACGCACAGAAAAACAUUGGAAGGACAUACAUAUGGUGUAGCGCUUAUAGCUUGGAGUCCAGAUAGUAGCCAUCUUAUUGCUUGUGGCCCUGAAGAUUGUCCAGAACUAUGGCUUUGGUGUGUGGAUACGCCUGACUGUGAAUUACGUGUUAAAUUAACUCAAAGUACCGAUGAUUCUUUGACGGCCUGUGCCUGGCAUCGAGAUUCGAAUAAGUUUGUUGCCGGAGGACUUCGUGGUCAAUUCUAUCAAUGUGAUAUGGAUGGUAAUGUCUCAGAUUCAUGGGAAGGUGUUAGAGUUAAAUGUUUAUGGUGUAGAAGCGAUGGAAAAACUGUUUUAGCAGCUGAUUCUCAUCAUCGAAUUCGAGGAUAUAAUUUUGACGAAUUAUGUGAUUUUACAAUAUUACAAGAGGAUCACCCAGUUAUGUCCUUUAGUGUUAACAAAGCGGAUAGACUUGCUUUACUUAAUGUGGCUAAUCAAGGAGUACAUCUAUGGGACUUACAAGAUCGUUGUUUAGUAAGGCGUUUUCAAGGUGUUACUCAAGGACACUUUACAAUUCAUAGCUGUUUCGGUGGUAUCAAUCAAGAUUUUAUUGCAUCCGGUAGUGAAGACAAUAAAGUGUAUGUAUGGCAUAUCAAACGAGAACUCCCCAUAGCAACUUUAACGGGACAUAGUCGAACGGUUAAUUGUGUUUCGUGGAAUCCUGUUUAUCAUCAAAUGAUGGCUUCUGUAUCUGAUGAUUGUACAGUAAGGAUAUGGGGACCAAGGUCUUCCUCUCCUGAAAAAGCUGAUAAUGAUAAGACUGCAUCGCUAGAAAGUGCAUCCUCAAAUAGCAGUGGCUGGCACGAAAUGGUAUCGUAGCGAAUUACAGCACAUCAAAAUUCCCAUUACUUCAUGGUGUUUAAAAGACUGUUUUACUGAAUGUCAUGCUAACUUUUUCCUGCCCGUUGCAAUUAUCCCUCUGUGCCUCGUUAUCAUCAAUUUAUAGACCAUCGAUUAAAUGUGGAGGUAAAAAAAAUGGGGGAUGAUGUGGACGUUAGCAAUUAUCUGCUAAUCAAUAAAAAGAAAAA